AUGGUGGACCACAAGGAGGAGACCGUGGCCCAUCUCGACGGCGCCGAGCUUUCGGACCUCAAAGCUGAUCCGCAGAAUGCUGUGGUUGAUGCUUCCGAGGCUGCGGCCUCAUUUGAGGCUUACCAGCACUCAUUGACCAUCUCCCAGGCCAUCAGGGAACAUAUCAAGCCCCUGGCGUGGUGCAUGUAUAUGUUUUUCAUCUGUAUUACCUUUGGCUACGACGGUAUGGCUAGUAGCGUCGUAGUCUCGAUCCCCUGGUUUAGAAAAGACUUUGGCACCCCUUACGGUGGGGACUAUGUUGUCAAUGCUGCCUGGCAGCUCGCUUGGCAGGGUGCUACUCUCGCCGGUAUUGUCAUUGGUGGAUUCCUGUCUGGCCUGGCCGUCAAUCUCUGGGGCCGACAACUCUGCAUCCUCGGUGGCCAACUGCUAUCUGUCGCCGGUAUCUUCUUGCAAUACUUUGCUUCGACGAACGCCAUGUUCUUCGGCGGUAAGCUUCUUACCGGUAUUCCACUUGGAGUUUUCACAACCAUUGCGCCGACCUACGCCUCUGAAAUGGCCCCAUUGAAGAUUCGGGGUGCCAUCACUGCUGGCAUGAACUUCGCCAUUGUCCUGGGUCAGCUUAUUGGCUAUGGAGUCAUGCGUCAAGCCGGGUUCUACAACGAUGCAAGACAAUACAAGGUCAUGUUUGCAACGGAGUGGGGCUUCGCCGCUGUCGGCAUCAUUGUCCUUCCUUUCUUCGUCGAAUCACCCUAUUGGCUCGUCUCACACGGCAAACCCGAAAAGGCCAGGGCUAACCUAGCUAAACUUCACCGUCCUGACUACGACAUCGAUGGUCACAUGGCAGAGAUUCGUGCAGCCCUUGCUCGCUUGGCUCAGGACAACGCGCAGCAAGGCUCGCUUCGUGAAUGCUUCUCGCAGAAGCAAUGGAGACGUACACUGGUUGGCACAAGCAUGUACUUUAUCCAGAACUGCUGCGGUAGCGUUUGGGUCAUCGGUUAUAUGAGUUAUUUCAUGGAGCUUGGUGGUCUUAGCUCAAACGACGCAUUCAGUGCUAGUGUUGGAGUCAGCGGUCUCAUGGUCAUUGGUAACAUGUUCGGAUGGCUCUGGGUUGAGAAAUUCGGGCGUAGAGCCGCUGCCCUGUGGGGAACCAGUAUCCUAUGUGUCACUCUCUUCCUGAUCGGUAUUCUGGCGUGUAUUAAGACCCACGGUGCCAUCUGGGGCCAAGUCGCCUUCAUGGCAGUUUGGGGAUUUGUCUACCAAGGUACCAUUGGUUCUGCAGCAUGGCCCAUUGCUGCCGAGAACGCCACAUCAAGACUCCGUUCACCGACGAUGGCCCUCUGCACAAUGAUGAAUGGUCUCUCAUCCUGCAUCUGGAGUUUCUCUUUGCCAUAUGCCAUCAAUGCGGACGAAGGUAAUAUGGGCGGCAAGAUUGCUUUUGUCUUCGCUGGUACUCUUGUUGUCGCGACCAUCUUCAUUUUCUUCAUGGUUCCCGAGACCAAGGGUAGGACCUAUAUUGAGAUCGAUGAGUUGUGGGAGCGUCGCACCGCUCCUAGAAAGUUCGCCAUGACUCAAAUCUUGACGGUUGUGAAUACGAAGAAGAAUGCGCAGUAG